CAUUUCAAGUCAGUUUUUGUGCAGACUGCGCGGUCGACGUUUCGUCGCAGGUCUGCUGCACUAUUGCAUGAGAACUUAGGAUAAUGUGACAAACGACGGGUACCAGUCGCUGGCAAAAUUGAGGGAAAGACGCGUACCAGCUGUCAUCGUCGUCGCGAUUGACCGGCUAGUAAAAGUGUCUCCUGAAGCGCGGAAAUAUGUAUUCAACUCUCGGCAACUCUGGCAGCAGCGAGUCUAUGAUUUCCAGCCAUGGAUACCUUGCAAAUGGUUAAAAUUUAGCCGUCACCCCGGUUCUACACUGGCCUUGAAAAUAGGUAUUAGGAAUGAGGGUGGUUUGGGGUCCGUGGUGGUUGAUCUUAGCCGGAUUGCUGGCCAUUGCAGAGACAACAGCAGUGUCCACGAACCCGUCAUCCACGUCGAGGUCGUUGCAGAAAAGGGGAGACUUGGAGUGUGCGGUUGCAUGUCAAUGCGAAAAAGAGGGAUGGAGGCUCAACUGCGAGGAUCGCGACUUCUUAGGUCUCAGACUGUCUUCUCACGUACAAGAAGUUUCACUCAAGCGCGUACAUGCGUCAACGAUCUCUGUAUCGGCUCUCGAGGCCGCAGGGGAACUUCGAAGCCUCGUCUGGACGAGGAGCCGUAUCGAGAGGAUCGAGUCGGGUGCAUUUCGCGGUACCCCAAAACUAGAAAGUUUGAACUUAGGUGACAAUAAUUUAACGGCUCUGCCCGCGGACGUUUUCGGUUCGCUUCACUUACUGCGAUUUCUCAAUCUGACCAGCAACUCAUUGCACAGCCUGCCAAGGAUAGUGUUCCAGGGUCUUGACAUCUUGGAAGAAGUGCACUUGGCCGACAACAGUAUUGCAAUCUUACCUUACCAAGCUUUUGAGUCAGCCUGGUCCCUUCUCAAACUCGAUCUUUCGGGAAACGAACUGGUGUCUUUGCCCGAUUAUAGUUUCAAGCCCAAUAAAAAACUUCAAGAACUCUACCUUUCGUCAAAUCGCCUCACGAGGUUACCAUCACGCCUCUUCUCUGGGCUGUCCAACCUUCGUGUCCUGGGGCUCGCAAACAACCACAUUCACGUGAUAGCACGGGGAUUCUUUACAGAGCUCAAGCACCUUGAGCGACUCGAUAUUUCCGGAAAUCCAAUUAUCCGCCUAACCGAUAUCGCCUUUCAGGGCCUGGCGAACCUCCAGUGGCUCAACCUGAGUAGCACCAAUAUACCCACCAUUCCAGACAACGUCUGGAGACCGGUGAACAACCUGAGGACUCUUUUGAUUGAAAACAACAAGAUUGAGAUAAUCCACGAUGGUGAUCUGGCUGGGCUACGCAAUCUGGAGACUCUCAAGAUUACCAAGGGUGCCCUACGUGAAAUUGGUCUCAGAACUCUUGAUGAUGUUCCUCAUUUACGAAAACUCGACCUUCGUAGCAAUAUUCUCACGUUCCUGCCGGCAAAUUUGGCGCAUCUCGUGAAACUAGAUGAACUUCAACUUGGCGGUAAUCCCUGGGCCUGUGACUGCAGGAUGUUCUGGUUCGUUCGAUGGGCCGAGCACCAUGCUCACCAAGCCGCUUUCGACUCUGGACUCAGAUGUGGACACGAAACAGCGACUGUGGAUACUUUACAGGCUCUUCGAUACUUAAAUUGCACACCUCCAAUGCUCUGGCACACGUCGAACCCAGAGCUUCACGUCAUCCGAAAUCCGGUUCUUCUAGAGUGCGAGUUCAAUGGCAAUCCGGCACCUGCCCUCACAUGGGUCACUCCUAAGCUGCUGACAUUCCACUGGAAUCCCGAUCCGGCCUUCCCGGACGCGUUUGUCCACCAUGCUCAGGUGCAUCAUAUUAACCAACCUCAGAAACCCUUCACAGACAACGGCAGAAUACGCUUACUCGAUAAUGGCUCGCUCUAUAUCACCUAUUUGCUCAGAGAGGACGUUGGACUCUACAAAUGCUUUGCCAUGAAUCCGAUCGCCAAUGCCACCGCUUAUGUUACUCUUCACAUGGAUCCAGUUACUUAUCACACCAUAAAACUUAUCAGCCUUGCUGUGGGUGCCGCUAGUGCAGCUGGAUUCCUCCUACUCACCCUAUUUAUACAGUUCCUAAGAUAUCUAUUUUUCAAAUGUGGCUGUGGAAAAUGGUGUCUCUGCUGUAGGCACGUAGGAACGACACCGCGUGCGAAACAAAUUUAUCAGAUGCUGGACAAUAUCGAAAGUUACAAAAGUCAGCAGCUUGAAAGGCUACGCGAGAAUUAUACCCAACAAGUGCACCGAAUUAAGGACAACUGUGCUCAGCAAGUGGAAUGGAUCAGAGAGAGUUACGAGGGCCAAAUGCGACACAUACGGGAUAUUCGGGAUUACGGAACAAGUCACCUGACAGCUCUACGUGAUCAGUAUUACGAACAGUCCAAUCUACAGGUGAAGAGAGUGCGAGACUACUCAACAGGACAGCUAAACUGGGUGCGUGAGAACUACGUCUUCCAACGAAAUAAGAUCCGCAAAUUCAGUGCCCACCAAGUGCUUCGCUUACGAGAGAGUUGCAAGUAUCAGCAGCAGACUUUGAACAAAGUCCUCGAGAAUUUGCCAAACCUCUACUUCGACAACUGCCGGAACGGUUCAUGUGGGAAGAGUGAAUCGGCAGUCUUCGACACCCGGAAUAUCAACCCUGCUGAUCUCGACACCUACUUCAAAGCGAAACUCGACCAUUUGGCGGCAGGUGGAAGUCUCGAAGAAGUCAACAGCGAGUACUACACCCCAACGGAACUAUCCUCCUGCAGUCCGCAUGGACCUAACUUCCUAGAUGGAAUACACAUCAACUACAUUGAGACAGGUCCACCUCCUCCCCUGGAUCCACCAAUUGGAAGUUCCAGUUUGAUUCUCCAUUGCAUAGAAGAAUUUGGGAGUUCCUCAACCAUUGGAAGAGGUUCAGUGUAUGAACGACCCAUGUUUCGUGGUGCUAGUGCUGAAUUUCUCGCCAAAGAAACCACAACAAUGCCUGAAGUCUUGAGUCUCCUCGCACCGAGCACGAGCCUACCGGAUAUACCGCGGGAGACAGCACUCUAGUCCCAGGAUUAUGGUUUUCUUGCUGCGAAGGAUGUGAAUGAUGAGCUCAGGAUCCAAGUCAAGAAGAAAAUUUAUUUUCGUGUUAAGAAGCAAUUGUGGCAUGUGCUAUAGUGUCGAUGACAGGACACGUGAAUCGUUCUUCCUCGCGAGUGCUGCAUAUCCACAUUUUUCUUACUUUGCGAAGUACCAAAAAGAAGUGUAUACAAGAAGGAACGGGCGUUAUGUGCGCGCUGUGCCAAGAAACAUUAACUGCAUCAAAGACGUGUGUGGGUGUGUAAGUUAAAGAAAAAAAAUAUUGCGAGCAGGUUUCAAGAAAGAUUCUACAAGAAAACGUUGAACUCUGUUCGCUAGAUAAUCCAGAGUAUUAGUCUUGGAAUGAAGAAGGGUUCAAAAAGAGAGACAUCCUUCCGCAACAUUAUAAACUAAUCCUUAAAUUAAAAACACUUUUUUCAUAUAUGUAGGGUUCAAUUCCAAGAGGUUGAUGCUUCCUAACAAAUAAGUUUUCUUUGUACAGAGGAUUUACAAGAGAUACACGCAAGUCCUCUAAUGACUGUAUGCGUGGGCGUGACUGAAGACUGACUUUAUUUGUUUCGCAUGAAAAUGAGCAAGCGAAUCUUCCUAAUUAAAGAGUUUUUUCCUUAUCAAUUCAAGUAAUUAAAUGGAGACGAGUGCUAAGAAAAGUUCUUUUUCACCUCAUGACACUCGAUAAACGAGCUUCUAGACGCUCUUAACUUAGUACUCGUACGGUUGUUUGAGAAUUGAAGAAAUAUAUUUGAUUAUUAAGAAAAUGAAAAAUCGAAAAAAAAGCAAAAUAAAUGGCAAAUGUACGUAAAGUCAGUAAAAUAUCAUCUUUUUAGCUACCAUAAGGUCAAAUGGAAUGGAGAAAUAAAAGAUAUUAGCGCAAUUCUAGAAA